AUUGCAUAAACUUUUAAUAACAUCAAUACAACAGUUAGAGUAUUAACUCAUUGACUGAUAGUUUCAAUAAUUUUGAAAACAAUAUUUGAAUCCCAAAGUGAUUAUCGGUAACAAUACACUGGCCAUACAUUUACCGAUUUGGUCGUCGCCAUCACUAUCACCGCAAUGGGUAAACCAAAGAAACGAAAUGCAUUCUUGGAGUUCAUGAUGUAUACACAGACAGAAUUGAGACGACAGGGAAAGGAUUAUGCGAUCGGCAGUCCAGAGCUCAGUAGGAUUGCCGGCGAUAAAUGGAGCGGUAUGUCGAAAGAGGAACGGGAACCUUAUGUACAAAAGGCCGACAAAUUUAACACAUCGACGAAAUCGCGACAAGAAUCCAGUCAUCAGAAUCAUCGACAACAACAACGUUUAAGUAGAGGUUUGGCUUAUAUGUCGGUACAAAAGUCGGGCCAGAGUUCGUCCACACCGAUGGCAGAGCAGCAGCAGAUGGACAAUGAUGUCGACAGUGAUGGCAGCGACGAUGAAUGUGGCAGUGCUGACGCUGUCGAGGCAUUAGUCAAGUCAUUCAAAACUCGAGAACAGCUACUGAAGGCUUCGUUCUUCAUUGUCAGCACUAAUGUCAUGUGUCAAACAAAAGAUAAUGAAUGGCCACCACUUGAGAUUGGGAUUUGUAAAUACAGUUUGGCCAACGGUGUUGAGUUCAUAUACCAUAAAUUUAUUGAUCCGGGAGGCGUACCAAUAGGUUACAUGAGUAUUGCCAAAGAGCACUCCAAUGAGUUUCAUCGGAUACCUGUUCUGAACUUUGCUUUAGCGGAAACAAAUAUUCCUAAAAUUGUCGAAGAGAUUAAACAAAUUCUAGAAGAAUCUCGAUUUACCGAUGAGUCCACUGGACAACGGUCACGGAUGAUGGUGUUCUGCAAUGAAGACGCAAUUGUACAGAACAAAGGUGUAUUUCGGUGGUUAGCCGACGCAUAUAGCAAAAAAUUGGCCACAAAAGGCCGACCAGCCUUUAUCUGGAAUCUCGAUGUCAUUGAUAUUAUCAAUUUGGCAUACAAUCUGUGCGACGCUGGGGGUAAACGUACUCCCGUUCCCUUUGUUGAAGCUUUCUUCAAGACAGCAAAGUUUGAACAUAAGUUGAACACCGAUUGUGAAUUUCAUGUGGAACAGGGAAGUAUUUAUUGUGCUCAGGGAGUCACCCGACGGCUGUGCUACAUGUUGUCCGACAAAUUGUGUCCACUGUUUAACAUUAAGCCCACCGAUCAGCACUUGCCGCCCGACCGUGACCGCGAAGAAAUUGUUAUCGAAGAAUACGAGGGCGACUUCAACGAAGUGAAACCUAUACCCGUCAAUAGCUAUAAGAAUACACCCAAUAAUCUUCAGGACAGGUAUUGGGUGGAUAAAGAUGAACCUCAAGAGCCACACAUAAAAAGUGAAAGACAAAAAUCGCCAGUCAAUGAACCGCGCAGAUCAAUUGGUAUUGGCCGCGGGAGGCCAUCGAUGGGCAAUAGUGAGGCCGGUUAUAGUCAGAAAAAACAUGACGAAGACUGGUAGAGUUAUACAGUAUAAUA